AUGGAAACAACGAAGAAGCCGCCGGGUUUGCUUCAAGGGAAAUUUGUUUUCAAGAAGCUUCCCAAUGGAAACCUAGACAAAACUAAGUUUGUUUGCACCUUGUGCAAUGCUGAAUUAGUUUACUGUAGGAGUUCUUCCAGUCUCAAAUACCACCUAAACGCAAAGCAUCCCUUAGCUGAUGCGGAAGAUACCGGGCCAAGCAUUGAUGUAGCGCAGGGGAAGAGUCGUGUUCGUCAAACUAAUUUGUUUGAGUGCAACCGAGGCAAGCCCGUCAGCGCAGCUCAAUCAGCCAGGCUAACUAAUCUCCUCGCUCAGUGGAUUGCCAUCAGCUGCCGGCCCAUCAGCGUGGUUGAAGAUGAUGGGCUCGAGCUUGUGCUCCAGGCGGCUACAGGUGACCCAUCUUACAAACUACCUGCGCGGCGAACUAUCAUGAGGAGAAUACAUGACCAGCACGCCGCAGAGAAAGCCGCAAAAGAUGUGAAGAUGGUAGAGGCGACAUGUGUAGCACUGACUGGGGACCAUUGGACAUCUGUCAACAACGAUAACUACCUCUGCGUUACUGUACACCUCAUCGAUGCCAGCUGGGAACUUCACUCCUUCGCUUUAGGUGUGAUGAAAAUAGAGGAGCAUCACUUUGCAGAAGCGUGUGCCAGGCAGUUUCUUGACGUCGCUAAUCAGUGGAGGAUAACUGACAAAAUCAGCACUAUUGUAACAGACAGCGCUCCUAAUAUGGUGGCAGCAGGGAGGAUACUGCCAUUCGAACAUUUGCCCUGUGUUGCGCAUGUUGUACAGAGAGCUAUUGUAAUGUCACUUCGGGAAGGUGGUUUUGAUGGUAUACUGGCCAAGUGCCGUAAAGUGGUCGGACAUUUCAAACACAGUCCAGCCAACUCAGACGAGCUGAAUGCCCAGCAAGCCUCCCUUGGACAAGUUCAGGAGCAACUCGUGCAAGAUGUUCCAACACGGUGGAAUUCCACCCUUGAGAUGAUUAAGCGUGUGAGGCACAACAAAGACGCACUGCACACAACGCUGUCUCAGCAGAAGCGCAAUCUGGCCCUCCCAACAAAUGCUGAAUAUGAGAAGUUGGCAAAGCUAGAGAAACUGCUGGAGCCAUGCAGGUACAUCACUGAGCUCCUUGGUGGGGAUAAGUAUGUGUCCUGCUCUGUGGUUCUACCUGCCCUGUGCCACCUCCAGCACGCGAUGAAGAUCACAGAUGAUGAUCCUGCCUAUAUCGUGCAAUUCAAGGCUGCCUUCACCACGGAUCUCAACCAGCGGAGGGAGAAAUUAAACCUGAAUGGCUUAAGAGCAGAGAGGGAGCCAGUGUGGGCAAAGCUAAGUGAGUUGGUGAAGGGAGAAGAACCUGCUCUGCAGCCACUCGUGGAGGAGAACCCUGAGCCGCCCAAGAAGAGAACAGCCCUGCUACUAAUGGGAUCAGACUCAGAAUCAGAUGAGGAGACACCAGUAGACAAUACUGUGGAGAGGUACAAGGUAGAGCCCAGUGCCAGCUUAGAGCAGUGUCCACUGAAGUGGUGGUCGGAGCACACUGCUGUCUAUGGUAAGAUGGCCCACAUUGCCCGUAAAUACUUGGGGACUCCUGCCACAACUGUCCCAUGCGAGAGACUUUUUUCGUUAGCGGGCCAUAUUGUGCAGAAGAGGAGAGCUAGUUUGUCACCAGACAAUGUGAACAAGCUGGUCUGCCUGAGUGACUGGUGGAAGAAGGAGAAAUAG